AUGGCGCGCCAACAACACCUCCGGCAAUACACCUUCAUCCUCUCUGCAAAUACGGCUCCCGGGGACACAAUCAAGCUUGUGGGAGAUCACGAAGCACUCGGCAGAUGGGACGUCUCACUGGGCAAGGAGAUGCAAUGUACAAACUUUCCCAAAUGGACAGUUGAGGUGAAUCUGCUCCCCAGUGCGGAGUUCCGCUACAAGUACGUGAAGGUGCGAGUGGACGGACAUCAUGAGUGGGAGCUGGAGUCUGGCGACAACCGCCACUUCCGUGGGCAUCGCCACCUCAUAGAAGAUGAGUUCAACGUGAGGAAGCCGCCUAUGCCAGUCGAGGACUUCCUCGUUGUCCCUGCUCGCAAUGCGCGGGGCAGCCCGGAGGAGGAGGUUCAGGAGGGCUCGCAUGUGGGGGUGAUCUUCCACUCAAACACCUUCGCUCACCUGGACUUCGUCAAGCGUGAGUUCGCCAAUGUCAAGGCCGAGCUGGAGGAGCUCCGUGGUAGUUUGAAGGCGACGACCCAGGCCCUGAAGAAGGCCGCGGGAGAGGACUCCAAGAUGGAGGCGCAAGUUAACGAGCUGCGGGGACGCCUCGAAGACUUCCAGGCAGAGCAGGCAGAGCAGAAGAAGGCGCAGGAGCAGAUGAGGCGGAGCUUCAGCGACCUGAGGCUUGAGGCGAAGGCCGAUCGGCUUGUGCCACAGAUCUUUGACAAGAUCAAGGCGAAGGCCAUCGAUGAACUGCUGCCCAGGAUCCUGGCGCAGCUUCGGGAGGAUCUCUUGGCCGAGGACGCCCGGCCGAAGACGUCGGCGCAGACCUCACCAAAUGCGCGGGCGGAGGAUUGUGCUAUUCAAGAUGUGGGCCUAACCAUGAACCCCAAACAUGUGCAAGCAGAAUCAAAGACCUACGCCUCGUAG